AUGUCAGAACUUGCUGGACCUAGUCAUGUUACUGCCGUUACUGGUAUGGAAUGUUGUGAAUUUACAUAUGAAUGGACAAUUAAAAACUUCAGUCAAUCGUAUAAAAAAAUAAUUGAAUCACCAAGUUUUUCAUCUCAUUAUGGUGAUUUUGACGAUAAAUGGAUUUUAAGAAUAUAUAUAGAUAGUGUGUCCAAUAAGCGUGGUGGUAUUAGUAUACAUAUACUGGCUAAUCUACAGCUUCAAUCAUUCAAUAAUACUUCACAACUACAAACAAAAUGUAAAAUAUUAAUUAAUGAUAAAUAUGAAAUAACCAAAGAACAUGAUUUCAGUGAAUUUCCAGAAACAAUGAACUGCAAUAAACUUAUUCCAAGAUCAGGCUUUUCUGAUGCAAUUUCAGUAUUUUAUGUAAGACAACAACUGAGUGUUGACUUGAAAAAACUUUUAUUAAAUGAAAAAUUAAGUGAUGUUAUUCUUCGAGUGGGUCAAAAAUCAUUUCAUGCAAUCAAAGGAAUUCUUGCAGUACGUAGUCCUGUUUUUGCUGCAAUUUGA